GGGAAUGACGCUUGAUUCGCGAACCAGAUCGUUCUCCUUUAACCGUGAUCAGUGGCAGAAGAUCCGUUUUAUUCCUCUAUCUCUGCCGCGAUUUGGACACUCUUCCGCGGAUCUCCAGCGCGUUCGAUUCUCAUCGUGACAGUCUAUCUGAUCGCGUUGCAUGGGUGACAUAAUAAAACUCGGUGUGCACUGUCACUGACGAUAUCACAGUCGAGUGUCUGUCUAGAGUUCACGAGGAUCCUCGGGAGUUUCGGUUCAUCCGACUACGAAGAGAAUACUACAGACGUGCCAUGAAGAACUGGUCGUACACCGUGUCAUCCACGAUUGGCCUUGGUGUACUCGUUAUCCUGAUAGCCCAGUUGCCAGCGACGUUAUCAAAAUUCGAAACGUACGAUGAGAGAUCAUCCGAGGAUGUGUCAGACAAAUGGAGAGCAAUGCCUCCCGAGUUGAAACCGCCACAGAUCGAGAUCCACAUGCUGAGGGAUCACGUUUCGAAGAAAACUGGCUGGUUGACCAACCUCGAGUACAAGAUAUUGAAUAAUAUUAACGAAAUACCGCAGGAGAAGCAGAAGGAUAACGACAAGGAUAACGUAAAAGAUGAAAAGGAGGAAACGAAGAAACCUUCUAAACUCGGGUCCAAGACUAUCAUCAAAGCUCCUGCCAUAGCUCCGUGUUCAUCGGGUCAGAAGAUCGAUCACUCGGGAAGGUGCAGAGAAAUAUUCGUAAUCGAUUGAACGGAAGUGCAGCUGCAUCGUCUGCCAAAGGCGUCUCAACGUACCUGCGACUUUGACAUAUCCCAAGACGAUUCUACCAGAUACCAGUCUUCGUUCCACGUUUUCCAAGUUCUCCACGAUACAAACUGCAUCGAGAUAACACGCGUGGCGUUUGCUUUUUCAAAAAUUUCGCGCGAUUAUCUCAGAUCGGUACUUUUCCAGACGGAUCGGUCGGUCACCGACGCAAUCAGACAGGGAAGAACGAUUUUCGAAGAUACCACGGUCGAUGACGCGAAUAUCGUAGGUGUAUCAUUUAUACACCGAUACGUUUGAUCGAUGAUAUCGAUCUUUGCGUUCUAAACCGGUGCUUAUCGAUUUCCUGGCUAUAUCCCGCGGCUCGGUGUUUCCACCUUGCCGAUCUAUACCUACGUCUCUGUCCCCGGGGCGAUUUAUCGUUGCGGGAUUUUCGAAAUUCACCGUGAUUCAUAAAGUAAUAUUUCGCCUUCGAGGUAUCAAGGUACGCUUUUACCCUUUGUCGAAGGUCAACGAUAUUUCACCGACGUUUCUUACACCUCGCAUCGCAUAAAUGUACCACGCGUUUUAUAUUUCAACUCGCGCCAGGGCUCUAGCUAUAAAUUAGAUUCCCGUGUUUUAUAACGCAAUAUCACGUCGGUUUCACUUUUCGUGUCGCUAUGCACUCGUAAAAGCGAGAUAAAUGUACCGUUGCUUUGUAAUUUAUGCACUGGCCCGCUAUUCACGGAUGAUACAUUAAAGUCAUCGCGAUGCUCGCGGAUACUUUAGGCUUCGCCGGGACAGGUGAAUUGUUGCCUUCCUUGUCUUAUAAAUCAUCUCAUCGAACGAUUAUCUCGGUUAACCUUACGUAAUUUCAAUUUAUCAACGAGAUAACAGCUGGGUAUCGAAAAUCCGCGAGGUCUGAUUGCGUACGUUCUGCGAGAAUUUUUGUAAUACGAUUAUGCGAUAUUAAUUGUAGGAUAACUGCGUAUAAAUUGGAAAUACUCAAAGCGAAAAAGAGAAUUCGUUUUAGUACGUUAACCCUCUGC